GGCAGCUUCGUCCCAACAUGACCGGGGACUCCGCAGCAGAGCGCGGCGAGUAGGCGGCUGCUUGCACAGGACGUUCCCCAGCGCCAUGAUUCGGCACAUUUAGUACCACUUACGCAGCGGAGAUAAUAAGCAACUUCUGACAUAUUUAUACGGUUUGGGUGACAGAGCGUUCGAGGCUUUUCCUAAAAGCCGCCUUUACGGGACGGUAUAAUAACCGUCUGCUAGCCUACCAUAGCCUAACCCAGCUCCGCCCGUCGCCCCGCCGUGCCUGAGAUGGAGACCUCCGUAGAGCUGACCGGCUCCCUGCCUCCGCCCCGCUCUCGCAUCUUCAAAAUCAUCGUGAUCGGCGACUCCGGGGUGGGCAAGACCUGCCUCACCUACCGCUUCUGUGCGGGCAGGUUCCCCGACAAAACAGAGGCCACCAUCGGGGUGGACUUCCGCGAGAAAGUGAUCGAGAUAGACGGCGAGAAGAUCAAGGUGCAGUUAUGGGACACGGCAGGCCAGGAGCGUUUCCGCAAGAGCAUGGUGCAGCACUACUACCGCAACGUGCAUGCCAUCGUCUUCGUCUACGACAUCACAAACGCCGCCAGUUUCCAGAGCCUUCCGGCAUGGAUCGAGGAGUGCCGGCAGCACUCGCUGGGCCAGGACGUGCCCCGCAUCCUGGUGGGCAACAAGUGCGACCUGCGCGGGGCGGCCAAGGUGCCCACCGACGUGGCCCAGAAGUUCGCCGACUCUCACAGCAUGCCGCUCUUCGAGACGUCCGCCAAGAGCCCGGGUGAUAACGACCACGUGGAGGCCAUUUUCAUGACGGUGGCGCACAAGCUAAAGAGCCAGAAGCCGCUGGUGCUGAGUCAGAUUCCCGGUGGGAGGGACGUCGCCCCUCUGAAGCAGACAGAGGAGAGGGGGGCUUUCACCUGCGCCUGCUGAGGAGCACCCCCUGCUGGCUGGGAGGGGAAGAACACAAAUAACCUCUUUUUCUCCCUCCAUCACAAUAGUUCACUACUUCUUUGUUGUCUCGUUCCUCCGUUAGUGUCUCCAUUCAGUCGCUGGUCGGUGUUUGGGGGAAGGCUGCGGCUCUGGGUAGGCAGGCUACAGAUAAGCAUCCCUUUUCCGUAUCUGUCCACCUAGUUAGGCAUUAACCUUCGAAGCAGUAACCUCCGCUGGAGGACAGCGUCAUGGCACCAACACGUCACUAGGGGGCGCUGCUAGCUCAGUCGUCGAUCCGGCCUCCUCAGGGUACGGCGCUCCCUCUUCGGGGCUGAAUGAACUCGGCAUCCCCUUCCCCCUCCGCUGCUGCUGUGUCCAAUAAGCUUAAGAAGGACCUCGAACUCCACCCCCCCCCCACCUGAUCUUGCCAUCUGGGGUCAUGUGACUGUCCCGAGAGUUAGAGAGCGUGGCAGCUGGUUUGUCAGGUGUUUUGUGUUUAGGAAUCGUGGCGCUUUCUCGAGGGUGGUCUCGCCCAGACACGGUAAGCGUGCAGAGUGUUCUCAGAAACCUGGCAUGCUGUGCGGUGGGCGGGGGGCAGUGGGCGGGAUCUCAUUUCACAUGAGCAGACAGGCAACUUGAACCUGUAUCAGACGCGCGUUUGCAGCGGGACAGGGAAUUAAAAUGGGUGGGUAGCUGACGAAGGUAUCUUCCAUUUCGGCGAGGCAUACAAUCCCCGGAACACGAAGGCCAGAAAUGGGGAGUGGUGGCUCGACAGUGAACGAGCACCGAGGUCAGAACGCCGGCGACGUUGCAGCAUGCCAGUGAUGCCGCCGUCUGUCAGCUGUCGCUCGCGGGUGGAUGGGGCAGUAAAAUCCGCAAGGUGAACCUGAUAUAUUCGAUACCUGAAAUAAACCUGCAUAUUUUUUUUUCCCAUGCAGCCAUAAUCUAUACAGUCUCCCUGUAAAUGCAACUGAGUGUAAAAGCACAAGCACAGGGGGGGUUACAGCUAUUGGAAAUGGGGGGGGGGGGGGUUCGCUGUUAUUGUUUUAAUCUUUGUGGUGCGGUUGUGCACAUCCCAGGAAAGUUAGCGUCAGCAGAUUCUGGUGACGGUGGAUGUCGUGGCUCCUUUCGGUGUGAUUUCCGUUAGCCUUCAUAUUGGGCUCAUCCAUUGGCAUAUUGUUUCGAUGAUAGGAAUAUAGUCUAUGAAUCAUAAUUCUUUGCAUUGUGUUUAAUGUUUACUGAAUGGAGGCAUUGUCUUAAUGGAGGUAGCCAAAGGAAGUUGUUUGCUUGGGGCUUUGGCAGAAUUUUAACUAUUUUUGUGAUUAUUAUUUAUUGGUGCCAUUUUGCAGAAGUGCCUUGCUAGUCCUGUUUUGUCGCGGCCUUCUGUGGCCCUCUGGCUUCGACCAGCCGUCCAGCUGGAUGUGCUCGUCCUCUCUAGUGCCCUGUUCUCUCUCCCUCCCUCCCAACAUUGGGUCUUUUUGUUUGAAUUGUACCAGGCGGGGAGACGGCAGUGCAGUUUCCCAGAAGCCCUCUGUAGAGAGAGGUGGAGAGAGAGAGCGGUCACACUGCCAGCGGUCACACGUGCAGUGUCCUAACGCCGUCUGUUACGGAGUAUCGCGGCCGAAAUGCACAACCGGCCCUAGGAAUCUAUACAUCUUGCCUCUGUUUCCCCCUGUUGAUCAGCAGAGGUACUACACUCUGUCCCCCUCGCCAUCAGUACCUCUGUGUUCGCCAGCGACGUCCGAGAGCCAGAGGAACGAACUUCUAACGAUUGAACACAUCCUGAUCUGGGACGUAUGUCAUGAUAGCUUGUACAAGUGACUGUUUUACAAAACCUCCCUCAACGAAAAUUCAUAAGACAAUCAUUACACGUCAUUUAUCAAGCAGAAGGAAGCUAAAUAGGUAAUCAAUGAAAGUAGGAAAAGGAAGAGCAGUACUGUUUUUAAAAUGCUGUUGAUGACUGGAGAUGUAUGACCAUAUGCGUACUGUGCAUUAAAGCACCUGGAAUA